AUGCUCACCUGGGGCCCGGCCUCUGCCAACCCAACAGUCAGCCGGGCUCACCCACUGGCUGGCCACCGAUGGGCAGUGCCCGCCUGUUCCUGCCCUCCUCUGCCUGCUCCUGCCCUCUUCUGUCUGUUCCUGCCUGCUCCUGCCCUCUUCUGUCUGUUCCUGCCCUCCUCUCCCUGCUCCUGCCCUCCUCUGCCUGCUCCUGCCCUUCUCUUCCUGUUCCUGCCUGCUCCUGCCUGUUCCUGCCUGCUUCUACUCUCCUCUCCCUGUUCCUGCCUGCUCCUGCCUGUUCCUGCCUGCUCCUACUCUCUUCUUCCUGUUCCUGCCCUCUUCUCCCCGUUCCUGCCCUUCUCUUCCUGUUCCUGCCUGCUCCUACUCUCCUCUCCCUGUUCCUGCCUGCUCCUGCCCUCUUCUGUCUGUUCCUGCCCUCCUCUCCCUAUUCCUGCUCUCCUCUGCCUGCUCCUGCCCUUCUCUUCCUGUUCCUGCCUGCUCCUACUCUCUUCUCCCUGUUCCUGCUUGUUCCUGCCUGCUCCUACUCUCUUCUCCCUGUUCCUGCCUGUUCCUGCCUGCUUCUACUCUCUCCUCCCUGUUCCUGCCUGCUCCUGCCCUCCUCUCCCUGCUCCUGCCCUCCUCUGCCUGCUCCUGCCCUUCUCUCCCUGUUCCUGCCUGCUCCUGCCUGUUCCUGCCUGCUUCUACUCUCUUCUCCCUGUUCCUGCCUGUUCCUGCCCUCCUCUCCUUGUUCCUGCCUGCUCCUGCCUGUUCCUGACUGCUCCUACCCUCCUCUCCCUGUUCCUCCCUGCUCCCGCCCUCCUCUCCCUGCUCCUGCCCGUUCCUGCCCUCCUCUUCCUUCUCCUGCCCUCCUCUGCCUGUUCCUGCCCUCCUCUGCCUGCUCCUGCCCACCUCUCCCUGCCCCGUCUCUCCUGCCCACCCGUGCCCACCCCUGCCUUCUCCCUCCUGUCCUUGCUCCCUCCUGCCCCUGCCCUCCCGCACGCCACGGCUCUGCCUCACAAGCAGCUGCUGGAAUUGUCUCUUCUCACUCAGAAUUUUAAAAAAAUUAUUACUGACUAAAACCCCCAGGAAUUUGGUGGGAAUCAGGGAAAUCAGGAUGUCUGUGAAAUCCAUGGGUUUGGAGCCUGGAAGAGAAUAGCAGAGGGUGGAAAGUAGAAAAGUUUCCGUUAUAAAUAGCCCUCAGUGCAGCCCUUUGGUCUUGGGCGUGUUUUCAGUCGGUAAAUUGUAAACCAAGAAUAUAAAUGUGUUUUGUUUUGGCAGAAUAUUAAUAUCCUUUACAGAGCUGUUACAUCUCAACAGCGUCUGUGAAAGAUUUAUGCGAGUGCUGACAGAGCGUAUCAAAACUGCAAACUGUUCCAGAUGUUACAAAAACCCCCCACCUCUCACUUAGAAAAAGGUUUGCUCUGAUUUACAAGAACUGGCACGGGAGUGCUUGGGAGUCGCGAUGCCCGAGGCAGGGAAGGCAGGUGGUGGGAGCUGGGCUGACCCUA